AUGACAAGUACGAAAGCUCCAUCAUCAUCAUCGAUGAUUGAAACUGAAAGUCCAAUUGGGACAUUGUCUUCAAUUUCUUCCCUUCUCCAUCAGCUCCUGACUGAAUACAAUCUGGAUGCUCAUGAUCUCACAAGCCUAGACGCUUCAUGUUCCUUCUUCAGCCGGAUUGCUCAAGGCGAAGAAACCCUCUCAUGGACAGAGGCUGCAGCUUUGGAUCUCUGCAAGAAGAAACUUCUCAGCUUUGAGUCUAUGACAGCCUCACAGAUUGAAUAUCUGAAGAACAGGUGUGGAGGCUCAUGGAAACGCGUCUUGAGAUUCCUGCUCGCCCGUGAGUUCUGCUCCAGGUGGGGGAAAUCUCAAGUGCUAACCGGACCAGGUCAUAGCAUUGCGAUCAGCUCGAACGGAGUUGUUUCUUCAUUCGGGAGCAAUGAAGCGGGGCAGCUUGGAUACGCAACCCAAGGCAUCAACUCUUUGCCUCAACAAAUUAGAAUAGUUCAAGCGGCAGUUGGAUUUCAACGUACUUUGCUGGUUAGCGAUACCGGUAGAGUAUAUGCCUCGGGCGUAACUUCAUUCGGUGAAGUAGUGCCAUUUGAUAGAGAUGCAGUUACAUCAUUUGUACCGCAAAUAGUCGACACGUUGAGACACAUAUUUGUGGUAGACAUUACAAUCGGACAUUACUUCUCGGCGGUAUUAUCUAGAGAAGGUAAGGUCUUCACGCUUUGUCUCCAAGGGAAAGACGGAAGGGUUUGCACAUGGGGUUGUGGGUUUCAUGGAUGCUUGGGAUAUGGAGACGAAAAAUAUCAAACAGUCCCUAAAGUGGUGGAGUCAUUGGCUCACCUCCAAGUGGUCUAUGUGUCGGCCGGAGCAUUUACCACAUUUGUCGUGACAAAAGACGGUGAUGUAUAUUCUCUAGGAUAUGAAUAUCCAUCGAGCGUCGGACUCCGCGAGGAUGAAGUUGCCGUUUUUAAUGAUGAUGUGAAUCCCAGCCUUCUAAGGCUGCUAAUUAAGGUUCCAUAUCUUAAAGAGAUCUUACAAGAGCGGGUAGUACAGAUUAGUAGCACGAAAUCGUUGAUGGAGGUACCCCAUACUCUGGUUCUCACUGAAUCGGGCAAGGUUUACGGUUUUGGAGCUGGAAACACAUGCCAAUUGGGAGUGGAGAUGGUCGUCGUGCCCAACAAUGUGGCUCAAAGGGCGGAACCCAAGCGAGUUGAGAUUAAUUUCGGAUAG